UAGAUGGCUGACCCUCCUCCUCCGCCCCCAGUCAACGUGUGUCAAGUAGACCAACCUCAACAUCCUCUUUCUUUGCCUCUUCCCCCACCAGAUAAUCCUGCAAAACUCCAAUUACCACCCAGAACCACCGUCAUGACCACCUCUUCUUCUUCCGGUGGAUCCCCUAACCGCCCUGGUCCGGCUACCACGGGCAAGCAUCCAACUUAUCGUGGGAUACGAAGCCGAAGCGGGAAGUGGGCGUCGGAGAUUCGUGAGCCGCGUAAAAGCAAACGAAUUUGGCUUGGGACGUACCCCACACCGGAGAUGGCUGCAGCGGCCUAUGAUGUGGCUGCUUUGUCACUCAAAGGCAGUGAUGCGGUGUUGAAUUUCCCGGAUUUUGUGGGGUCAUACCCGGUGCCGGCUUUGCCGGAGCCUGCGUUGAUCAGAAAUGCAGCGGCUGCUGCUGCUGGGCUGAUGAAAUCGUCCGCCGAUCAGAGGGGUGGUGCGUUGGAGUCAGCUGGUGGUGGUGUGGACACUGAGCUACCGGCGGAGAAUGAGUAUGUGGAUGUGGAAGCCCUUUUCGAUAUGCCGAAUUUGUUGGCGGAUAUGGCGGAAGGAAUGCUGAUGAGCCCGCCACGACAGCCGGAUGAUCCGUCACUGGGGGAUUCUUCUGAUUGUGAUAAUUUGUGGAGCUACUAGCUAGCUAGGGUUUCAGUUUCUUCAAUAAAAAAUGGAAGAUGGAGCAGAAAGAGGGGAUCAAAGAAACACAAUUGGAAAGAACAGGGGGACAAUAUCCAGAACAAAAAAAGACGUGCAAACAAGUAAUAUAUAUGCAUGCAUGAUCAUAAAAAAGCAUGAUUUUUUUUAAAUAUCAUGAUUGAAAUCCAA